AUGGAUGGCAUUACAAAGCACGCUCCUUUAAGCAUAGCGGCUGCUGUGGUUGCCAUGGUUACCUGUACUCUCGGUUCUUACCACUAUCCUUGUUGCAUCUCACGAUCCAGCACGAAAAACGAGUAUCGCGAAAUACCUUUGGCCAAUGGUUCCAUACCCUACUUUGGCCAUUUGAUGUCGUUUUUAUUGACGGAUGACAUCCCAGCGAUUUUGAUGGCGGAACAAAAUGCGAACAACAAGGAACCCAUUCUUCGUAUCAACAUGGGCUUCAUCCAGUAUUUAUCACCUAAGCAUUUGGAUACUACCGCCGGUGUGCCUAUUCUCGAAAUGGAAAGCGAUUGUGUAGUGAAUCGAUUGAUUUCGUUUGACGAGCCGGUGGGCGUACUCAGACAUUUAAAGCACUUCACGAUGAAUGUGGUCCUCACACUUGGCUUUGAUCAACGUAUUGAGCACCCCGAUGACCCCUUUUUGGAUACCAUGCUGCAGUUGAUCGAAACAAGUAUGCAGCAUGCUGACCCUUUUUUCGAUCGUCGUGCAUUUCUUCCUCUCAUCAUGGGCUUUAUUGAUUGGUGCACUGGCACGGAAAAGAAGCUUACUCGCUUAAUGGAGGAGGUGCGUGAUCCCAUUCUACAGCAAUUGAUUCGAGAUGGUAUAAAUAGUGACCAGGAGUGCCUUGUCAAGAAACUUAAUGACAUGAAGGAUGAAGAUGUCAAUGACAAGGCGAUUAUCGGAGCAUGUUAUGACUUCAUUGUUGCUGGUACGGAUACGGCAUCCACCACACUUUCAUGGGCCAUGGUUAUUCUAUGCAAUCACCCCAAAGAGCAACAUCAGUUGCAAGCUGAGAUGGAUGCAUUUGUUCAAAAGUACAAGCGACUGCCCAAGUUUGAGGAGCGUGAUCACUUUCCAUUGCUCAAUUCAAUGCAAAAGGAGUGCAUGCGUAUGCGUCCCAUCUCUCCUUUAGGUUUAUCUCGCCGUGUUGUAAAAGAUACCGUAUGCCGAGAUUACCUGAUCCCCAAAGAAACAACGCUUUGUGGCAAUAUCUAUGCCAUGAAUCAUGACCCUCACGUGUAUCCCGAUCCCUAUCGAUUCAAGAUAGAUCGCUUUUUAAACAAUCCUCGUCCCAUGUCAACGCUGGCAAAAGCUAGAGUAGAGGAGCGCGAUCAAUUCACAUUUGGAUUUGGAAGGCGGUCAUGUCCUGGAGCGUAUCUGGGUGAAUUGGAAAUGUUCCACAUUUGGGUACGACUGCUUGUCAGGGCAACCAUUGAACCGCCUCUCGAUCAAGCUGGUAACUCUGUUUACCCUGACAUGAAUAAGAUUGGAAACGGUGGUGGUAUCAUUUUCCCAACACACGAUAAAUUAAGAUUCAUUCGACGUGAGAAUCCUUUGAAUCUUUGA